CCCGCGCCUGCGAUGCGCCGGGGACGCGCGUCCCCCGGCCCCGCGGCUCCCCCCGGCCGGGCGCGGGGCGACGCACCCCGGCAUGAAGAAGUGCGCGGUGCGCAGGCUCUUCUCGGGGCACCUGCGCAGGAAGCCGCGCCCCAAGAGCGCCAGCCUGAGCCGCCGCGAGGAGGAGGGCCUGGUGAAGGAGAUCGACAUCAGCCACCAUGUGAAGGACGGGUGCGAGAAGGCCGACCCUUCCCAGUUCGAGCUGUUGAAGGUCUUGGGACAAGGGUCCUACGGGAAGGUGUUCCUGGUGCGGAAGGCCCAGGGCUCCGACGCCGGCCAGCUCUACGCCAUGAAGGUGCUAAAGAAGGCCACGCUGAAAGUUCGGGACCGGGUCAGAUCCAAGAUGGAGAGAGACAUUCUGGCUGAAGUGAACCACCCCUUCAUCGUGAAGCUGCACUACGCCUUUCAGACGGAGGGGAAGCUCUACCUGAUCCUGGACUUCCUGCGGGGAGGGGACCUCUUCACCAGGCUUUCCAAAGAGGUGAUGUUCACCGAGGAGGACGUCAAGUUCUACUUGGCCGAGCUGGCCUUGGCUUUGGACCACCUGCACAGCCUGGGGGUCAUCUACAGAGACCUGAAGCCCGAAAACAUCCUGCUGGACGAGGAGGGCCACAUUAAGAUCACGGACUUCGGGCUGAGCAAGGAGGCCAUCGACCACGACAAGAGAGCCUACUCCUUCUGCGGGACCGUGGAGUACAUGGCGCCCGAGGUGGUGAGCCGGCGGGGGCACGCGCAGAGCGCCGACUGGUGGUCCUUCGGGGUGCUCAUGUUCGAGAUGCUCACGGGCUCGCUGCCGUUCCAGGGCAAGGACCGGAAGGAGACCAUGGCCCUCAUCCUCAAGGCCAAGCUGGGCAUGCCGCAGUUCCUCAGCGCCGAGGCCCAGAGCCUGCUCCGAGCGCUCUUCAAGCGGAACCCAAGCAACCGGCUGGGGGCCGGCGUGGACGGCGUGGAGGAGAUCAAGAGGCACCCCUUCUUCGUGACCGUCGACUGGAACAAGCUGUACAGGCGGGAGAUCAAGCCCCCCUUCAAGCCCGCGGUGGGCCGGCCUGAGGACACCUUCCACUUUGACCCCGAAUUCACAGCCCGGACCCCCACAGACUCCCCGGGGGUGCCCCCCAGCGCCAACGCCCACCACCUGUUUAGAGGCUUCAGCUUCGUGGCCUCCAGCCUGGCCCAGGAGCCCUCGCAGCACGACCCGCCCAAGGCCAGCGUCCACCCCAUCGUGCAGCAACUCCACGGGAACAACAUCCACUUCACUGACGGCUACGAGGUCAAGGAGGACAUCGGCGUGGGCUCCUACUCCGUGUGCAAGCGCUGCGUCCACAAGGCCUCCGACGCCGAGUACGCCGUGAAGAUCAUCGACAAGAGCAAGAGAGACCCCUCGGAGGAGAUCGAGAUCCUCCUGCGGUACGGCCAGCACCCCAACAUCAUCACCCUCAAAGACGUGUACGACGACGGCCAGUGCGUGUACCUGGUCACGGAGCUGAUGCGCGGCGGGGAGCUGCUGGACCGCAUCCUGCGCCAGACCUGCUUCUCGGAGCGGGAGGCCAGCGCUGUGCUGUGCACCAUCGCCAGGACCAUGGACUACCUGCACUCGCAGGGGGUGGUGCACCGCGACCUGAAGCCCAGCAACAUCCUGUACGUGGACGAGUCGGGGAACCCCGAGUCCAUCCGCAUCUGCGACUUCGGCUUCGCCAAGCAGCUGCGCGCCGAGAACGGGCUGCUCAUGACCCCCUGCUACACCGCCAACUUCGUGGCCCCGGAGGUCCUGAAGCGGCAAGGCUACGACGCUGCGUGCGACAUCUGGAGCCUGGGGAUCCUGCUGUACACCAUGCUGGCGGGGUUCACCCCUUUUGCCAACGGACCGGACGAUACUCCUGAGGAGAUUCUGGCCAAGAUUGGCAGCGGGAAGUACGCGCUUUCGGGGGGAAACUGGGACUCCAUAUCGGACGCGGCCAAGGACGUCGUGUCCAAGAUGCUGCACGUGGACCCGCAGCAGCGCCUGACGGCCGUGCAGGUCCUCAAGCACCCCUGGAUCGUGAACAGGGAGUACCUGUCCCAGAGCCAGCUCAGCAGACCAGACGUGCACCUGGUGAAGGGCGCCGUGGCCGCCACCUACUUCGCCCUGAACAGAAGCCCGCAGGCCCCGCGGCUGGAGCCGGUGCUGUCCUCCAGCCUGGCCCAGCGCCGCAGCAUGAGGAGACUCACCUCCACCAGGCUGUAGCAGCCAGCGGGCAUGCGUGCCCCUGGGGACACGGCCGGUGCCAGCGCCGCCAUGACUGUGCCCUGGGCCAAGGUGCCGCGCUUGCGUCUGACGCAGCCUCCCAAUGCCUUGCUGUGCCAACCCCACCACCUCCACCCACCUGGGCUCUGCUGACGGACACUGCGCCCGCGCCCGUCCCACGCCUGCCAGGCCCCCGAGGCCGCACUUCUGCUCAGACGAACCAACGUCCCCCCCAACUGUCGAGGCUGUGCUGAAAAGACGCACCGGCCAGGCGGAGGGUGGUGGCCAGCAGCUCCGGCCAUGUGGUCCAAAGAGCGGGUGGGAGUGCAGAGAGAGCCCCCCAGACGCCGGCAGCACCUCUGCCUCGACGACCACGUUUCCUGAGAGUGGCGUGUCCCCCGGGAGAAGCCGUCCAUGCCCAGGCAGCUGGCGGUGGGAGGCCUCGGGGCUGCAGGGCUGACCACGGGCCGAGGGCUCCGGGCCACCCAGGGCGCAGCUGUGCCUUCGGCUUCCACUUUCUAGUCCGCGGAAAAGCUGUGAUGUCGGCAGCCCAAGCUCUGUGCUGCCCCGUGCGUCCUCCCCGGGCUCUGCCGCGGCAGGAGGGUUAGGGCCCUGCUUCUGUGUGUGUGCGCGCCCUGCACAAGCGCCCCUUCACGUGUGUGUGUGUGUCUGGGGUGGUGACCCGAGGUGGGCGUGGCGUCUGCACAGGGCCGAGCGCGUGGCCGCCCGCCCGCCCCCACCCCGGCAGAGAGAGCUGGCCGGCCGUGACCUUUCUGGUGACCGUCCCCAGGGUGGGAGCCGGAGGUGCCAGCUGCGCCCCCAAACGGUGGUGGUCCCCAGUUUCCAGCUUCCCUUCAGUCCAAAAGAAUAAGUGCCACAUUCUCAAAUUAGGUGGGUCUGAUCCUCUUCAGGCCUUAAAACAUUAACUUAUUUCAGAAGCUUUAAUUUAUCCCGUGGGGUUUCCUUGCGGAGAAUCUCAGAGCAGGCAAGAGCCCGAGGCGGGCCGGCCCCUGGGCCAGUCCCCGCCCCGCUAGGCCUGUCUCGUGUCUUCUCAACACAAAAUGCUUGUCCCAAAGCUGAGGCAACUUCCGCCUGUAACAGUUUGGUUUCCGGUCUGUUACUUCACUGAUCAUCAGAGUCUGCGGAAAAACGGGGUCCUGCUUAGGCCCUGGGUCCCGCCCCUGGAGCCGACCAGCCCCGGCUCCACUGUGGGCCGAGGGCAG